AUGCGUCUUGAAGUCUUGAGUGGAAUAAAGGCAGAUUCACAGCAACCGGCUCAGAUAAGACCGGUAACAGCUACAGAUGGGGACAGAGAUCGUCGUCCCGAUAUUGUAUAUUUUCUCACUGGACAAGGUGUUGAUGAUCAAGAUCCAGCCAAUAGUAAAUUUGCUAUUAAUACAACAACAGGGGAAAUUUAUGUAUUAAAACCCCUUGAUCGUGAUUUACCUCAUGGACGAUCACAGUGGAGGUUUACAGUUUUUGCUGAAGAUGAAGGUGGAAAUGGUCUUGUUGGAUAUGCAGAUGUCCUAGUUAAUCUUAAAGAUGUAAAUGAUAAUGCACCUUUCUUUCCUUAUGCCAUAUAUACUGGAAAUGUUACAGAAAAUGGAACAGCAGGUAAAUUUAUUUUUUGAAUACCUUAUUUUUCCUUUAUUUUUUUUUUAAGUGUUCAAUAUUUUUAUUUUAUUACUAGCAUUAUUUAAUUUAUAUGAAUUUUAAG